AUGGCAUCUAGUUCAGGAACAGUUCCAUCCAUUCAAAAGAACUUCAAGUAUGAUGUAUUUUUGAGCUUCAGAGGAGAAGACACCCGUAAGACCUUUGUUGAUCAUCUCUAUCAUGCCCUUCACCAUAAAGGCAUUAUAACUUACAAAGACGAUGAAAGAAUGGAGAAAGGGAGAAACAUUAGUGAUGAGCUCAUUAGAUCAAUCGAAGAUUCGAAGUUUCAUAUCAUUGUUUUCUCAAAGAACUAUGCGUCUUCAUCAUGGUGCUUAAACGAGCUCGUAAAGAUCAUGCAAUGCCAUAACACGAUUGAUCAGACUGCUUACCCCCUCUUCUAUGAUGUGGAACCCACCGAGGUCCGCAAACAAAGUGGGGCAGUUGGAAAAGCGUUUGCCAAACAUGAAAAGGAAGAGGCUGCUGAGAGAUGGAGAAAUGCUUUGUCAGAAGCAGCCGGUCUGGCUGGGUGGGAUAAUCUAAUUGAAUCUUCUAUAACAUACAGGCAUGAAGCUAAGUUCAUUAAAAAAAUUGUUGAAGACAUUUCGCUAAAGCUACAUUCCAUCAAUUUUAGUGUUGACGAGAACUUAGUAGGCAUGGAGACUCGGGUAAAUGAUAUCGUUUCAUCUUUAGAAACUGGCUAUGAGGGUAUUCAGAUGAUAGGGAUCAAGGGGAUGGGAGGUGGUGGGAAGACCACUUUGGCCCGGGCUAUUUUUUAUCAUAUAUCCAUUUUCUUUGAAGGUAAAAGCUUUGUUGAAAAUGUUAGAGAAGUUUCAAAAGGCUCUCUCUCCGGUUUGAAGGAAUUGCAAAAACAUGUCCUUUCAGACGUGUUAAAUGAUCCAAACAUUGAUAUAAGAAAUGUCUCUGAUGGGAAAAAUAUGAUGAAAAAGAUGAUGUGUAGUAGAAAGGUUCUUGUUGUUCUAGAUUAUGUGGAUCAUAUUGAACAACUUGAGGCGUUAGCUGGUAAUCCUAAUUGGUUUAAGCCAGGAAGUAUAAUCAUCAUCACAACAAGAGAUGAACAAGUGUUGGUUGCACACGGAGUUCAUGUUGACAAUAUUCAUAAUGUCAAUUUGUUAUUAGACGAGGAAGCACUUUGCCUCUUUCAUAUGCAUGCAUUUAAGAGAGAGAUACCAAAUCAAAUGUAUGAAGAGCUAUCAGGAAAAGUUGUACGUUAUGCUGCUGGCCUUCCCUUAACAAUCAAAGUUUUGGGUUCAUUUCUUUGUGGUAGAACAAAACGUGAAUGGGAAAAUACAAUAGAAAGACUAGAAACAAUUCCGUUGAAGGAAACUUUGGAAAAAUUGGAACUAAGCUACGUCGGUCUAGAGGAUGAUCUACAACAGAUAUUCCUAGAUGUUGCAUGCAUAUUGAAAGGUGAAAGGAAAGACGAAGCAAUCAGAGUACUUGAAAGCUGUGGAUUUUGUGCUGAAAUAGGUUUAAGAGUUCUUGAGCAGAGAUCUUUGAUAACUAUAUCUAGUGAUGGUCAUUUGCUCAUGCAUGACCAUAUACAAGAAAUGGGUAGAAAUAUUGUUCGUCGUUUGCACCCUUAUGAGCCUAAGAGACAUAAUCGGUUAUGGAUUAAACAAGAGAUUGAAGAUAUAUUGGUUAACGAAUUGGGUACUGAAGCAACAAGAUGUAUAAAGCUGGUGGAUUCGAAUUUGCAUCCAGCUGUAAUUAUGAAAGGCCUUAGAAAGAUGAAUGAUCUUAGAUUUAUUCACGUCAAUACCCAUUUUGGUGAAGUUGAUGAAGCUGACCGAUAUUUACCAAAUACUUUACGAUCACUACAUUGGCCUGGAUACCCGCUUGAGUGUUUACCUAACACAUUUCAAGCAUACAGACUCGUUGACCUUGCAAUGGUUCGAAGCAAAAUCUGUCAACUCUGGAAAUGGGGAGAAUAUAAGGUACUUAAUAAGCUGAGAUUCCUUGACCUCAAAUAUUCAAACUUGAGAACCUUUGACCUUGGGAUGACUCUACAGCUCGAGAUGUUAGAUCUUAGAGAAUGUAAUGACUUUCUUGAACUCCACAUGCCCGUCACUCUUCAAAAGCUCAAAUUCCUCAACCUAAGUGGUUCUAACGUGAGUAACCUUAAUCUUGCGCUGACUCCACAUCUUGAGAAGCUAACUUUGUCAAUAAAGGAUAUGAGGCAUCUUCCGAAUGGCAUUUGUAUGUUGAAACAUCUUAAAUAUCUUAAACUUAAAUCUUGUUGGCUUCUUGAGCAGUUACCAGAGGAUCUAUGUAGAUUAGAGUGUUUAGAGGAGUUACACCUAACGGAUUGUUCAGUCUUACAAGAUCUUCCGAACAACAUUUGUAUGAUGAAAAGAUUGAAAUAUUUACAUCUCCCCUAUAUUGGAGUUAAGAAAUUACCUGAGGAACUUGGACUUUUAGAAGGUCUAAAAGAGUUAAAUAUAGAAGGUGCAUGCAUAAGUCAUCUUCCGGUUAGCAUUUUCCAAUUGAAAGGCACACACAACAUGAGUCUCCUCUAUCCAAAAGACCCGAUUCUUAAAGAAGUUUGUAACAGAUGUUUUCGUUUUUAA